AACAGCAGCACAUACCCGCUUUUCUCUCUGAUCGCCUGUAAGUUCCCAGAUCUGACAUCAUGGUGCAUUUUACAGCUGAGGAGAAGGCUGCCAUCACUAGCCUGUGGGGCAAAGUGAAUGUGGAAGAGGCUGGAGGCGAGGCCCUGGGCAGGCUCCUGGUUGUUUACCCCUGGACCCAGAGAUUCUUUGACAACUUCGGCAACUUGUCCUCUACUUCUGCCAUAAUGGGUAACCCCAAGGUCAAGGCGCAUGGCAAGAAGGUGCUGACCUCCUUUGGUGAUGCAAUUAAGAACAUGGACAACCUCAAGGGCGCCUUCGCUAAGCUUAGUGAGCUGCACUGUGACAAGCUGCACGUAGAUCCCGAGAACUUCAGGCUCCUGGGCAACGUACUGGUGAUCAUUCUGGCUUCUCAUUUUGGCAAGGAAUUCACCCCUGAUAUGCAGGCCAUGUGGCAGAAGCUGGUGGCUGGUGUUGCCACUGCUCUGGCCCACAAGUACCACUGAGUCUUCCUUCCAGUUCAACAGUGCUCUUUUGUGUCCCCAGGGCCCUCCUUCUGCAUAUGGGGGCUUGCGUUUGGCCUUGAGAGCACAGCUUCUGUUUAAUAAAGUUCAUUCUAUUCAGUCAUCAUAAA